AUGGCUGCCUCUAUUCUAUGCCUACAUUUCCAUGACUGUUUUGCUAAUGGCUGCGACGGAUCUGUCUUGCUUGAUGAUACCAGUACAUUCGCAGGGGAGAAGAACAAGAACCCUAAUAAGGAUUCGGCUGGAGGAUUUGAUGUUAUUGAUGCAAUAAAGGCAAAUGUUGAGAAAGCUUGCCCAUCCAAAGUCUCUUGUGCUGAUAUAUUGACUCUUUCUGCCAGGGAAUCUGUUUAUCUGAGGCUUUUCGACUUUGACGGGGCUGGUAAUCCUGAUCCAACACUUGAUGCAUCAAUACUCAGCACUCUACGUACUGUCUGUCCGAAUCAAAACAAUUCUGAUACGAAUUUGGCUUCCCUGGAUCCUACUACGACAAACAAGUUCGACAACAACUAUUUCAAGAAUCUUAUAAACAAUUCUGGUCUCCUACAGUCGGACCAAGCCCUCAUGGGUGACAAUAUCACUGCUUCGUUUGUCACGACCUAUAGCAAAUUCCCUUUCAUUUUCUCCAGAGAUUUUGGUAUAUCUAUGGUGAAGAUGGGUAAUAUUGGUGUUCUUACAGGACAGGAUGGAGAGAUAAGGAAAAAUUGUAGAACGGUAAACUAG